UAGAAGGAAAACAAUGCUCGCGUUCCGGAGCUGGAGGACCUUCCGUGCCGCAAGAGGUUUGUAUCCUGCGGCUCGACUAACGACGAACGCCAGGGAACAUGUGCCGACCGAAAGCGCACCACCGACCCACGAGUCAGAGACACACUUUGGUUUCGAGACCGUCAAGGAGAGUGAGAAAUGGAAAAAGGUGCACAAAGUGUUCGAAGAGGUGGCCGCAUCGUACGACCUGAUGAACGAUGCGAUGUCGCUGGGAAUACACCGUGUGUGGAAGGACAUUUUCCUGGAACGCUUGGCCCCGGUGGGCAAUGGGAACCGAUUGCUGGACAUGGCCGGUGGGACCGGCGAUAUUUCGUUUCGCUACAUGAAGUACCUGCAGAGGCUACCGGCGGCCAAUCGCACACCCAGUCACGUUACGGUGUGCGACAUCAAUCAAAAUAUGCUCGACGUUGGACAAAAACGAUGGGAAAAAUUGAACCUUCCAGCUUCUGGCGACACGAUCGAUUGGGUUUGCGCGGAUGCCGAGAAGUUACCAUUCGAAAACGAUUCCUUUACCGUAUAUACGAUUGCAUUCGGCAUAAGAAAUUGUACUCAUAUAGAUAGGGUUCUUUCGGAAGCAUAUCGCGUUUUGAAACCGGGGGGCCGAUUCAUGUGCCUUGAGUUUAGCCAUGUUACCAACGAAUCCUUGCAAUGGUUGUAUGAUCAAUAUUCUUUUCAAGUAAUACCACCGAUGGGGCAAAUUCUGGCAAACCAAUGGCAACCGUACCAGUACCUCGUGGAAAGUAUACGCAAAUUCCCCCUGCAAGACGAUUUUAAAACUAUGAUCGAAAAUGCUGGGUUCAAAUGUGUGGAAUAUGAAAACUUAACGUUUGGUGUAGUUGCAAUUCAUUCUGGUUUCAAAAUAUGAUGCAGUCAGAAUGUUACUGAUACUGUUGAAUAAAAUGUAGCACACCUUAGGAACAUACUGAUAAUACAACUGUUUCUCGAACAAA